UGCCAUACAACUACCUGUUAUCUCUUUCCUCACACUGUAUUAUUAUUCUCACCCUGUCCCUUUAUUUAUCUGGUCAGCAGCAUGUGAUUUCCUCCAUGCGGGUCUACAGAACUGUGGGGCGGGGAUACUGCUGAAGAGGAAGAGGAGAACACGAAGGGAGACAGAAAGGGGGUAGGAGGGGACACGCAGAGAAACUGCAGCUCAGCACAAGAUGGCUACAGUUUCCCUCAGCUCGAAUCCUGUAGAGUCACCCUUUUUGCCAAAGAGGCAUAUUCUUUUGCUGGGGUAUCGUGGCUCUGGCAAGACCUCAUCCUGCUACACCAUUACUGGCCAAGGGGAGCUACAGGCCAGGCCGCACACAGAAGAGCCUGUUCUCUGCAGAAAGACAUUUGGCAGCAGGCUCCUUCUUGUGGUGGACACCCCUGGAUGGAACAUGGAUGAUGGAGAUGCAGCAGGAGAAAAACUGGACAGCCAGAGCUCUACAGUGGCCCAUAUCAGGCACCUGUGUUAUCCGGGCAUCCAUGCCAUGCUGCUGGUGGUGCCAAUCGGAGAGCCGUUCACUGAACAUCACAGGAAGGGCAUGGUCGAUCGUGUCGAGGCAGCCGGGACAGAUGUGUGGAAAUUCACUAUAGUAUUGUUCACCAGGGCAGACAGGCUCUGGGGCAAUGGCGUAGAAGAGUUUAUCACAGAAGGCGGAAAGGCACUUCAAAGACUGGUGGAGAGGUGUGGGAACCGAUACCACACUCUGGACAACACCAGCACUGAGAACAGCACACAGGUUAAUGAGCUUGUGCAAAAGUUGGAAGAGAUGGUGCAAGACAAUGAGGGAUCCUUCUUUGCAAUGGAUGAGAGGAUUGAGACACCUACAAGUGAAUGGAUGUUGCAAGGAGAAGUGGGAGAGCGAAUGAUCACAGGUGAUACAGAGGUGACAUCACCGAUGUUUAGAUCACCACCACGAGAGUUGCGGAUGUUGUUAGUGGGAUGGCAAGGUUCAGGAAAAAGUUCAGCAGGAAACAUGAUCUUGGGUGGACGCAUGUUUGAAUCAGGUUGUCAUACUGAAGUCUCCUUGCGCCGUCAGGCCCCCGUUAAUGGGCGCCGUGUGACAUUAGUGGACACACCAGGCUGGGACUGGUUUUCUGUCCACCGCACGCCUCGUCACGUCAGAAAGGAAAUCAAACGAGGGGCGGGGCUGCUUCACCCUGGCCCACACGCUAUCCUACUGGUCAUUCCCGCCAUCUCCACCCUUACAUCCAGGAAGCGACGAGCCCUUGAGAGCCACCUGGAGAUGUUUGGCGAGGACGCCUCUCUCCACACCAUGGUACUUUUCUCUUGUGGUGAUUGGCUGGGCUGCACACCGAUCGAGGAGCAACUCCAAAGGGAUGGUGAGCAAUUGUUGAGUCUGUUGGAGCACUGUCUAAACUACUACCAUGUGCUGGAUAGCACCAAUGCAAAGAGAGGUCGGGAACAGGUGGGCGAGCUUCUGCAAAAAGUGGAAGAAAUGGUGGCACAGAAUGAAGAACAGCCAUUCUUACCUGUCAAAUUGUAUGAAGAACAGGAUGAUGAAGCAUCAUGUGAGAAAUGCACUCUGCAGUGAGAAACCAAAUGAACAUCCCUGUUGAAGUACAAAUGUACAUACUAUUCAGUGAUUACCUGGUAAAGAAUUUACUUUCAUAUUCAGGCUGAAGUUAUUUUGCAUUAAGAACAUGGUUAGCAUAACAUUUGGUGUAAUUACUCGGAAAAGUACAAACAGUGUGAAUUUAAAAGACAGGGUCAAUAAAGUUGUCAUAAAGGUUUAUGCAGAUACUUGAAUUAGGAUGAGUAAGGUGCGCUCACCUCUUUUAUAAUAAUACUGUCAUUAUUACUUAUCUAAAGUGCUUUAUUUUUCUGUAUCAUGUAUAUAAUAUCAUGAAACACGAUGCAUGUUUUGGCAGUUUACUGACAACAUGCUAAAUCAUUACCAUUGUGUCUUACAGUAUACUCUCUUAACAGAAAAGUUUAGAAAUGAAUUUUGUGACAUAUAAAUAUUGCACUGUUUGUAAUUUCAAUCAUUAAACUGAAAUAUUGUUAAAGCAUAUGCUGGUGAAAAUAAUGCAACUCUGACAGCUCGGCUCAAAAACUGAAUAUACAGUAGCACAACAAUCAAUAGCAGGGCAUUGUGUGCCUCCCAGCAAUCAUCACUGUUAGUCUUAACACAGCAGUUAUCCAGCCCAAAAUACAGCACUUAUAUUUAUGUCAAACAUAACAUUUUGCUAUUGCGCAUUUUGCACGUACUAUUUUGAAAGAAAUAAAGUUCACAUUUUA